AUGAAUUUUUCAGUUAGUUAUGAUACAUUUGAUCCAUCUAAAAUUAGCAGACUCAUUAACUACACACUUCCCGGUUUUCUACGCCCGCUGCGACCAUUAUCUCCUGCUGCUACCCGAAUUCACGGCCGCACACGCAGAGAACAGCAGCGGUAA